UCCAUGUGUGGAACGACUGCUGGAUGCGGCGCCCAGAUCUGCCCAGCGGCUACGAUGGAUGGCAGGUGGUGGAUGCGACCCCACAGGAGACCAGCAGCGGGCUGUUCUGCUGCGGUCCCUGCUCGGUGACGGCCGUGAGGAACGGCGAGGUUUUCCUCAAGUACGACACCGCCUUCGUGUUUGCCGAGGUGAACAGCGACAAGGUCUACUGGCAGCGGAAGGGCAACGGCGGCUUCGCCAUCGUCCACGUGGAGGAAGGGGCCAUCGGGCGCCGCAUCAGCACCGUGGGGCCGCGCUCGGCCGCCCGCAUCGACAUCACGCACCUCUACAAGCACCCCGAGGGCUCUGACCAGGAGCGCAGCGCCGUCUCCACCGCCACGUCCCACGGCUCCCGGCCCCGCGCCCGCGGCCCCACAUCUAUGGGGGAACUGACGCUGACUUUGGGGUCGGGGCCGGCGGUGGCCGGGGCGGAGUUGGAAUUAUGGGUAAAGGUCCACAAUUCCGGUUCGGAGUCGCGCAGCCUCCGCUUCCGGUUGUCGCUUUGCGCCCUUCGUUACACCGGCGUUUCGGCGCCGCCCUUCAGGCAGGAGCAGCACCGCAGGGUGGUGGAAGCGGGGGGAGGUGAGGGGGGGCCCAGACCCCCAUGGACCCCCAUUGACCCCCAUGGACCCCCAUUGACCCUCAUUGACCCCCAUUGA